CAAUCAGCGCCGAGGAACCGGAGCACGGCCUUUGUGUGUUGUGACGCCACGGCGCCGGCGGAGGUCCCGGCCAAUGGUGCGGCGCGCUGCUUCCAGGCAUUGUGAGGUCACCGCGCCGUGUGCCGCCCCCGCUAUAAAAGGCGAGUCCCGGCGGCGGGGAGGGCGCAGUGAGGGGGUGGUUGGUUGCCGAGCGGGUCGUGGCAGGAGCAGCGCAGGCUUCGGUGCGCAGCGCUACCGGCACUGGUGCUCCCUUCUUCUCCCAGCGGUAAGUGAGGAAAAAUGGCCCGUACAAAGCAGACCGCCCGCAAGUCCACCGGGGGGAAGGCUCCGCGCAAGCAGCUGGCCACGAAGGCGGCCCGAAAAAGCGCCCCCUCUACCGGCGGCGUCAAGAAGCCUCACCGCUACAGGCCGGGCACCGUCGCUCUCCGUGAGAUCCGCCGCUACCAGAAGUCGACGGAGCUGCUGAUCCGCAAACUGCCCUUCCAGCGGCUGGUCAGGGAAAUCGCCCAAGACUUCAAAACAGACUUGAGGUUCCAGAGUGCAGCCAUCGGUGCGCUGCAGGAGGCCAGCGAAGCAUAUCUGGUGGGUCUGUUUGAAGAUACAAACCUGUGUGCCAUCCAUGCCAAGAGAGUCACCAUCAUGCCCAAAGAUAUCCAGUUGGCUCGCAGGAUACGGGGGGAGAGGGCUUAAGUGAAGGCUGUUUUUAUGGUGUUUUGUAGUAAAUUCUGUAAAAUACUUUGGUUUUAAUUUGUGACUUUUUUGUAAGAAAUUGUUUAUAAUAUGUUGCAUUUGUACUUAAGUCAUUCCAUCUUUCACUCAGGAUGAAUGCUAAAAGUGACUGUUCACAUAAACCUCAGUGAUGUGAGCCUUGUUGCUCAGGAGUGACAAGUUGCUAAUAUGCAGAAGGGAUGGGUGAUCUUUCUUGCUUCUCAUGCAUGUUUCUGUAUGUUAAUGACUUGUUGGGUAGCUAAACUUGUAAGGUACUAGAAUUGAUAUAAAUGUGUACAGGGUCCUUUUGCAAUAAAACUGGUUAUGACUUGAUCCAAGUGUUUAACAAUUGGGGCUGUUAGUCUGACCAUACAUCACUGUGAUCAAAUGUGGACUUUUUCAGAGGGUGAAACUACAAGUCUUAACCACAGUGUAACUUACAGUUUCCUAAAAACGUAAACCUGGCAGCUAUAGAAUACACUAUGUGCAUUUAUAAUAGCUAUUUUAUAUAUUGUAGUGUCAACAUUUUUAAAUUAAAUGUUUUACAUUCACA